GAGAGCAAGAGCGAGAUCGAGAGAGAGAGAGAGAGAGAGAGAGAGAGAGAGAGAGAGAGAGAGAGAGAGAUGGCUCGGCUGGAUGUUACAGAAAUCUUUCACGGCAUCACUUUUCCUGGACACUUACAUACUCAAGAAUCUCUUUGUUAUGCUACUGACUUUAAAUUUCAGGAUGCAGAUAUAUUGAUAGUCACCUACCCCAAAUCAGGGACGACAUGGAUGCAAGAACUAAUCACUCUGGUAUUAUGCAGAGGAGAUCCAAAAAUAUCUCAAACACAACCUAACUGGGCACGGGCUCCAUGGAUUGAACAAUACUACUGCCCUAACAUUCUAAAGGCUUUAAAAGGACCUCGGCUUCUCACCACUCAUCUGCCAUACAAAGUCCUGGCUCCUGCACUCCAAGGCUCCAAGGCCAAGGUCAUAUAUGUGGCAAGAAAUCCUAAAGAUGUAAUAGUAUCCUAUUACUACUUCCAUAAAAUGGCCAACUUCCUAACAGACCCAGGAACUUUCUCUGAGUUUCUGAGUUCUUUUCUGGAUGGAAAAGUGUACUAUGGGUCUUGGUUUGAUCAUGUAAAAGAGUGGACCAACAAUGAAAGAAACAAUGACCACUUUCUGUAUAUAACAUACGAAGAGAUGUGGGAGGACUUGCAUGGUUCUUUGGAGAAAGUAAGCCAAUUCCUACAAUGCCCUCUACUGGAGCAUGAGUCGGCCAGUGUGAAGAAUAACUGCAGCUUCAACACGAUGAAAGAUAACUGCAUGGUGAACUAUACCUUGAUUCCACAGGAGAUCAUGGACCACAGCAAGGGCAGGUUCAUGCGGAAAGGUCAGGUUGGAGAUUGGGUCAACACUUUCUCCAAGGAGCAAAGUCACAUCUUUGAUGUAGUGUAUAAUUCUAAGAUGGUGGAUUCCAUGCUGACAUUUGUGUGGGAGAGAAAAAAUCCAGUGUAAACAGAAAACUUACUUUUAUCUUACACCACUUGACACAUUCAUUUAAUAGGAGAUUGAUCUUGAUUGAAUUAUUAUUAUUAUAAUUAUUAUAAUUAUUAUAAUUAUUAUAAUUAUUAUUAUUAUUAUUAUUAUUAUUAUUUUAAUUUUUUUUUUAUUGUUUUUAAAUCAGUCAUUCCAUUACCUUCACUGUCAAUUUUGUAGUUAUCAACCUCACCAACCUCAUACUGUAUAAUCCAUUAUUAUCUUAUAUAUUAUAUUGAUGUGCAUAUGUGUACAUUCUGUAUGUUUUUCUUUGUAAUAGAAAAAAUAAAUUCACAAUAUUA